CAAUCUUCGCAUCGUCGAUCAGGCACAUGCUCCAUCGGAAGGCCAAUGUCACAGCUAGCCCUGUGGACAAAGAGACGAACAACCUGAAAAUCUAACAGAUUCUGUUGUUACGUCGUAGUCUGCAGCAUGCCGCUUCAUAUAUUUUGUCCCGAACAAAGCGUAUACAUUGAGACAGGAUCCUUCGAACAGAACACCACAGACUGGACUUCUUGUACUGUACUGUAUGCUGAUCUGGUCAUCAAAUCCUACUGCUUCAUCAAGCCACAUCAUCACCAUGCUAUCGAAGGUCGUCACAAUUGGGCUUCUAUCCGCCGCUGGGUGUACUGCUCUCUCUUCUAACGAAAUACCACCUUACUCUUGGGCUAUUCAUAACUUCAAUGGGAUCUGCUGGACAAAGACCUGCCGGGCAUGGGACUUUAGUAUAUCCGGCUCUACUGGUCAAUUAGGCCAGCCUGCUUUCGAAGCGUACGAUUGUGGUCCGGACAGCCGAAUCGAUGAGCAUCAGCACUGUGAAGGCAUGGAGAUGAAUGUACCUGGUAGUGUGACUGUGCAAAUCGAAGACGUCACCUAUCAGUUACACGUAUUACGGCAACCAAUCGGUUAUGUUUUGCGGCGAUCCAGGUCAGCUCAUGUUUCUUCACCCUACCGACUUCAUCAUCGUGCCGCAUGCGGUCUUUGCUGUUGGAUUGUAAGACCCAAUGAUACCACAUUAUAUUGGUCGGAGGGACGUGUCAUCUUUGAUGCAUAUUUUUUAGCUAGCUGUCUUGGCCGAUGAGGCGGACGCAGGGAAACGUGCGUCACGUUGGAUCUCUCAGACAGACGUUGCGGGUAUCGUAGUGUAGAGCCCAUCAGUUGAAAGCACGUCAUUCCCGGCUUCGUGCUGUGCCUGAAUACCCGAUACACGUUCCUUUCAUGAAAACUCUUGCAGGACUUGAGAGCCAGACAUUAUUUCUUGUUCAGCGUUGCCAACGGAACCUAUUGCGUCCCACAAGGGCCGCCAUCUCAGAUAUCUUGACCCAAAUACAUGUUGACAACUAUUCGUUCCUGAAAAGUGGGCUGGGACAUGCUCUUUGUGUAAAG